UGUGAGGUACCUGCAGCAGGCAGCUUCGUGUUACCUGCAGCUCGUCAGUGUGUUUUCCUGCAGCACGGUGAAGAGAUCUCACCUGAGCAGGUGACUUCUCUCGAUCGGUUAUCAGACGAGUUCACGCCGAACGCUCACCUGGAUCACCGGAAGUGUUUUUUUUUUUGUAUGUUUCACCUGUUUUUUUUCCCUCUCAACUGCAAAGUCGGAGGAGUUUCACUUUUCACGCUUCCUGGAAUGAGCUCAUCCAGCAGCCGGCCGGUGAGUCAAGGUGAUGUGAUGUCACCAUGCCUGGAUUGCCAACAGACCCGCCCCCUUCAGAGCGCCACGGUGAUGCCGUCCUCUCUACAGCACGUAGCGACGCAGUGUCUGCAGAAGAAGUGAAGGAGAUGGAGCUGCGUGGGGAUCCCUCAGAGUCUCCACUGGAGCCGGACGAGGAGGAAACCCAGCAGGGGGGCGGCAGCUGGAGCCAAGAUGGAGACCUGCAGGAAUGUGGACAGCUGGAGAGGCGGUGGGUCCUCUGGCACGAGUUUAUGAAGGAACACGCCCACCUGGACGCCUGGCUGCGAUCGGCUGAGCGGGCUGUCAGUUCCCCAAGCCCCGCCCAUGUAACCUUCGUCAAGGCCAAGGAAGAACUGAGGAAGUUUGAGAGGCUGCAGUGCGACGCCCGUUCUCUGCUCGUCCGGUUGGACGGUCUCACCCACAGGAAUCGAACCCUAACUCGGCUCUUCCAAGGCGCCAUGCGGGCUCGACUGCUGGCGUCGACGAGGAACUGCGGGCAGCGAUGGGACGAUGUGAACGCCAAACUGGGAACCAUCACGGCUCGACUGAAGCCGUAUGUCUCGGAGUGGGAGGAGUUUGAGGCAGAGAGGGAGGAGCUUGCUCUCUGGUUGGCCGACCUGGACGUGCGUCUGAGCGAGGUCGAUCACCUGACGGGGAACACGUGUGAGAAGCUGCGACGGCUUCAGUCGUUCCAGGAGUGUGUGUGCGUGAACUCGGCCCGUGUGAACGCCCUGCUGCAGCGCGGCGAGGCGUUGAUCCAGAGGAGUGAACCCGCCGACGCUCAGCACGUAGAGAGCCGACUGCUGGAGCUGCUGCGCGGCUGCAGCUCCGCCUACAACAACAUCGCACGCACACACACUCGACUGCUGAGCAUGAGACUGGUGUUUGAGGACGACUGGAUUCUGUCUCAGGCGACAGACUCUGGUUGUCCCUCAGAGAGUCUGUUGGAGGAAGAGGGAGCACUCGAUAAGACCACCCUGGACCUCCCUGCACCGUCCAACCAUCGUAAAGGUAACCGACAUUCCUCCCCUGUACACCUCCCCCCUCCUCGUCCUGCUCCGUCCUCGCCCACCCAUGAGCACCUGGAGUGGGACCCCUCCGUCGAUAUCGGGCGGUCCGUCUCCCACGACGACGCCGACUCGUCCUAUUUCAGCGUCAGCGGAGGCCUGUGUCACAGAGACGGUCUGAAGAGGCGGAGCUACCUCAGCUCCCUCGGCUCGGAGUCUGAUAUCAACAAUGACAUCACCAACCAGGAAGCAGAUGUGCAUGCGGAGGGACGCCUCGACCACGCCCACUCCAGUGUCUUCUCACCAAUGCCGUUGCAGGAAGGCGGGACGUGGUUGAAAGGAGACCAGUGGUCGACCUCGACUCCUGACAGAGAAACUAGCUUUGAUGGCGGGCGUGUAAGGGCGUGGCUGGGAGAUCAAAGCCCCGCCCCUCCUGUGAGGAAGACUUCCUGUUGUAAAGCCGUGCAGACUGACGCCGAGGUGGAGGUGGGUGAAGUCAACCGUUACUUUGAUGGAAGCCACAUUGGUGCAACCAGCAACCAACUCUGCCAUGAUUACACCCAGCAGCCUUUUCCUGCCCCCUCCCCUUCAUCCAUACAUGACCCAAACACUUCCUCUGACGGGCUGAAUCAACAACACGGGCCAAAUCUUCAGGUUGAAGAAGAGCAGUCCAGUUGCGAAGAAGCCGAGCGCAGUUUCUCCGAACAAAGUGUGACCUCCAGCAGCCCGGCCCCCUCCUCCUCUUUCCCCUCCCCCACUCUCCUCUACCUCCUCCUGCCUGCAGCUCUGGUCCUCCUGGCCUGUCUGAUGUGGGUCGCCCUGGAGCCGCCGUGCCAGCGCAGCAGCAGUUUGCCUCGGAGCUUCCACCUGGCCCUCAGAUACGUCAACGGACCCCCGCCUACCUGAAGACCUUUCAGAGACUCUCACAGACAGAGUUUGAACAAAGCACUUUUUUCUCAGGAUCUCUAGGACGAAGGUUUGCAGCUCACCGUGUCAACAAGUUGCUCAUUUCAAAUUCCCCACAAAGAUUUAAAUGUUUGACAGAAAUCUGCAGAAACAUCAGGAGGAACCCUGAGAUGAUUAGAACUCGACUGAAGGUGUUUAACAUGCCUCAACAAUCACAGAAACAGAAGUUCUGUUUUCUUUUCCCACUGUGUGUUCACAUCAUUAUCAUGGAGCUUACAUCAUCUUUUGGAGCUACUCAUCUUCUCCAGCUACUCAUGGCCGCGAUCAUGCUCCAGAAAAGCACCCAGUGGCACAUGGCAAAACCAAGACGCUGAAGUUGACAGUGCCUUUCCAAAAGUUUACACUCUGGAACCAGUUUUCCAAAAAAACUUGUAGUUUAAACAAUCAGCCAAACAUUACAAAAGGUUUCUGUUCUUGACAUAAAUCGUCUCGUACAGGUGGACUUACUUUGAAACUACGGUUAUCAUGUGUUAUUUUGACAGAAUUAGGAAGUAUUCAGUCACACAUUUAAGCUCAAGUAUAGCUUCAUAAGACGCUCCUCAUUCAAUGAAACAUAUGAACAAGUACGACUUAAAUCUUGUUAAAUCACGACCCUCAUAUGAAUCUGUAACUGCCUUGUUCCACCACAACAACGCGCUCCUGAUAUCUCACUUUGUUGUGGAAAAGAUUGUAAAAAAGCAGAUUCUGGUUGUUGAACUGAUCUGUGCUAAUGUAGCUAAAGUUAAUGCAAAGGAUGCAGCUAAUAAGCUAGCUUCAUGCCUUAAUGCCUGUAAUGUGUCUGAUAUCAAAAUGAUGAGUGUGUGUGUGUGUGUGUGCCUCGUUACACUGGGAUAGCACUUGGAUUGGAUUCAUGAAGAUGUCCACAGAACAAGUCGGUGCAGCAUGACGAGUUAGGAAACGUUUUCCAGUCAACAACAAGUCUAAGAGACGUUUUUUUUUUUUUUUUGACUGCUGACCUUUUCCUGAACCUCCAAGGCUUUAAGAAAAAGAGUUUUCUUUAUUCGUCCAGUCUUUACUUGAAGCUCUCUUUAAGACAAAUCUUCCUGCAGAGACUUAAAACAAACCUGCAGCAGAGAGAUAAUCUAUCACAGCAGAGAUCCGGCCCGUUGUUUGUUUGUUUGUUUGUUUGUGUGCUGCGUUGGUGCAGUCUGAGCUCUUAGAGGCUCACACAUGAUGGAUGACAUACUUUGCAGUUAUAGUUUCAUGUUUCUGCAAGUUGAAUUUUACACACACACACACACACACACACACACACACACACACACACACACACACUGUCCUGAGUGUUUGCACAGGUUUAUGUGGAGUCCCUGUUCAGAGCGCUUACAGGAGUAAGACGGGGGGAAGCAUCGAGUAUAAAAGUGAUGAAAUGUGUGGAGUGAUAUCUAUUAAAGAGUCUGAAGCGUGUAAAACAUCUGUGCAGACUCAGAAAGGGAAGAAUGUCAAGAUUUAUUCUAGGGUGCGUUCACACCUGAGUCGUUGCUCUUUGUCGUUUUUGGUUUGGGAUGAUAUGAACUCGGUAACGAACUCUGGUGCGGACCAAAGAACUGAACUCUGAUCCAUUUAAAAACAGGGGUCUUGGUUCCCUUCCAAGUUCACCACCAGAGUGCACAGUGCACUGUGGGCUGAAUUUGGCCAUCUGCCAACAAUGUCUGAUAGGUUGGCAGCGCGGGGCUGACGUUAACAUAGCAUUGUGAUAUCUUGGAUUAAGAUUUGAAUCUGGACUUGUCAGGUGAAUGUUUCUUAGACUAACUUUAACCUAAACCUAAAUUAGAUUAGAACACACUUGCAUAGAUUUAUUUUUUUCAGUGCACAUGCACCGCUCUGUUCCGCCGUUCAGCCUCCGAUGUUCUGCAGCGAUCCCGUCCUGCUCCUGGAAUGUCUCAGUUAUGAUCUUUGAUGCUGGUGUUUGUGCAGAGAAGUUCAUGCCAGUUGUGACACUUCCACCUGUUUGUCCCCGAGAUUAUCGAGGUGUAUGUUAUUCUCAGCAGUCAUACAUUUUUUAUCAGAACAACGGCACAGCGGUGGGACGACUUUGUCUCACUAUAUCGUUAGCUGACUUGCUCUUGAGAAUCUUCUAAACAUUAAUGUUUUAAUCACCGACAGGAUCUGAACAUUACGGAGAUGACUCUUCAUGUUGAGAAAAGGUGUUUGUUUAUGAGCAGAAGCAGCUGUUAAAUUUGUCUCUUCAAAGCCACCAGACUCCUUUCACAAAAACAAUCAUUUAACCCCGCACAACACGGGAGUUGAUGAUCUACCGCUGCAUACAGACUUUGUGAUAUUCUCUGAUUUUGUGCAAAUAUUGGCGCUUUAAAAGGUUUUUUUUUAGAUCCAAUGCAAAAACAUAACACAUCAAAACAAACUCCUCAAUGCAGCGAAACAAAUCCAACACAUGCAUGUUGUUGAAGGUAAAAUCAGCAUUUUAUUCAAUGGAGUCCGGUGGAUUUGACGACCGGAUGAAAACGGCUAUUUCUGAUUAAAAAUAUGAUCUUUCUCUAAGAGUUGACCUCUGCAGAGAUCCUCUGUGUAAAAUCUGAAAGACACAUUUUAGUGUGCAUGUUUAGAUUCUCAGGGCGUGUUGAGACCCUGAUAAUCGAGAUUGCAGACGUAUCAGUUUGUCUUGUAUAUAGCCCAGGUUUGAGAAUAGCAGAUCUGCUGCAGCGAUAAUUAUUUGAUGUAGUUGUGACUGAAGAGUGGAGUAGAAGAAGCCGUUUGAUGGAGCUUCCUCACUUAAUGAAUCCUCCAUGUCUGGUGUCCUGAGGGGAUGGUGUCACUCCGGGUUGCAUCAAGUUUUAAUAUCAGGAGGAUUCAUUUCAACCUGCUGUCUGCAGGUCUCUGCAUGAAGAAGAUAAAGGUGAACGUUUAAAGGCUUCCUCAGUAAAGGGAACUUGCUCAACAAACUGCUGCAUACAACAUUUCGCUUUUUGUACUUGCUUUUGUUUUGCUUUUGUACAUGUUUAAAAAUAAGAAAUAAAAUGAAAUGUAUGGAUUA